UGCCAGUGAAUCAGUCAGCUAGUGGAGGCAGCCUAGGAACCGCCAGCAGAAGAUACAAGUAAGGCAGUCAAAGCAGAGACCCAAGAUGUGGUGCCUCCUUAUGCUGCUGGGCUUCCAAGGAAUUGCCUUUUCGGCAGGAUUCCCCUCCACUCUCAACUCAGAGGAAAUCCAGAAAAGGAAGCCUCGCAACCCCGAAUGCUUCAUGAACGUUAGUGAAAUUAUCAGAUAUCACGGGUACCCCAGCGAGGAGUAUGAAGUUACUACUGAGGAUGGAUACAUUCUUCGUGUUUUCAGAAUUCCUGGUGGAAGGAACAGCCCAAAUACAGGGCAAAAGCCUGUAGUCUUCCUACAGCAUGCUCUUCUAGGAGACUCUACCCACUGGAUUUCUAACCUGCCCAACAACAGCCUUGGCUUCAUCCUAGCAGAUGCCGGCUAUGAUGUCUGGAUGGGAAACAGCCGAGGGAACACUUGGUCUUCAAAACACAAGACCCUUAAGCCUUCCCAGAAGGAGUUCUGGCAGUUCAGCUUCGAUGAGAUGGGUAAAUAUGAUCUUCCGGCAGAGCUGUACUUCGCCAUGAAUAAAACUGGACAGAAACAUGUGUAUUACAUUGGUCACUCUGAAGGCACAGCAAUAGGGUUCAUAGCAUUUUCUACAUACCAUGAGUUGGCUCAAAGGGUCAAAGUGUUCUUUGCUGUGGGCCCAGUAGCCACAUGCACACACAGUACAAGCCCUUUGAUUAAGUUAACAAGUGUUCCUGAAUCACUACUCAGGCUAGCAUUUGGCUGGAAAGGAGCAAUGCACCAGAUUGAAUUUCUGAAAGGACCUGUGACGCAGCUCUGUACAAGUCUGGACAAGCUUUGUGGCCGUAUAAUCGCUUACAUAGCUGGAGGCAGCAUACAAAAUCUGAAUAUGAGUCGAAUAGAUGCAUACGUAGCACAUUCCCCAGCUGGGACAUCGGUUCAGAACAUCAUUCAUUGGCAUCAGCUAAGAUGUGCAGACCAGUUUCAAGCUUAUGACUAUGGCGCUAAGGAAAACAUGAAGAAAUACAACCAGUCUACUCCUCCUGUGUAUGAGAUAGAGAAGAUGAACACAGCAGUUGCUGUUUGGAGUGGUGGACGCGACAAGUUUGCAGAUCCAAAAGACAUGGCAAAGCUACUUCCUCGGAUCACUAAGCUUAUUUACCAUGAGGAUUUUCCUGAUUGGGGACACCUAGAUUUCAUCUGGGGCCUUGAUGCAACUAAGAGAAUGUACUGGAAAAUCCUUGACAUAAUAAGAAAAUAUCUUUGAAACCAUAUGCAGAGAGCUGAUCCACCCAGUAAAAGCCCGCAAAGAUUUCUGUUUAGCAAUAAGGGCGAUUCCUAGGGAGUAGGUAGACACACACACUGGAUAUUUUUACAGGGGUUUGCCUAGACUGGUUUAUUUCUUGCAUUUCUAAUAGCUCUAGGUUUUCCACAGUGCUACAGUAGUUAGGUGACUGGUG